ACAAAGACACAGACAGAGGAAAGGGGAGAGAAAAGAGACCUUUGACAAAAUGUCAGAGACAAAACUGAACACAAGCACUUGGAGGACAUACUCAAGAGCCUCGUUCUCUUUCUAAUCUCUGUCAUCAGUUUGCUCUCCUUUUUCCCUCCCGACGCUCCCCGUCCUGCCCAUCCUUCCAUGAAUCCCAGCAAAACCGAAGACCACCUCUUCUCUCCCCACCACCAGCUCAACCCCCAUGAUCUGGAACCCCCACCACCACAACCCUCCCAGAUCCUCGAUUCCUUGCCGUCCAUUCCCCACGUUUCCGAAGACGACCCCACUUUCUCCCUCCCAGAAAUCGUCCUUUUCCGCUCCUCUUCUUCCCCUUCAUCCUCCUCUUCGUCCUCGCAGAGCCACUGCUCCUCCGAGUCGCCCUCCAACUCACGUCACUUGCCGAUCCAUCCUGCUCCGGGCCCCACCUCAGCCCCUGCUCCCAAGCUCCACAUCAGCCCCGAGCCCCACAUAUCGUCCCAGUUCUACACCUUCAAUGCGCAGUCCCACUCUCUGAUGAUCCGCUGCCUCCUGGAGCACCGACUCGCCACUCCGGCCGAGAUCCGGGCAGCCACGCCCCGCCCCGUCCUCAAGUCCUGGCGCGCCGUCUGGAAGGACCGCAACGAGGACACCGCCUUCCUCACAGCCUGGAAGCGCAUCCAGGAUAAGCUCUCCGCCCACGUCGACCCCACCAACGGUAACCAAUUCCUUUGCUUCAAAAACAAUUCCCAGCAAUUCGUUUCCCAUAUUAACCAGUGGCAAGAUAUCGUUAUGACUUCCCACUCCGAUACUGAUAUCAAACACCUGGGGCUUAAAGACACCAUUGAGAGAAUUAAGCAGGGUUGGACCGUUGGUGCCAAAUUUUACGGCAUCCCGGAGAGUUACAUUAGGGUUUGUGUCGCCGCGUGCCCUUUGUGCUCUGCGGCAUCAUCGGGGGGCUCCUCCGCUGCUGCGCGAACCAAGCGACGUAGGUUUGAGUACACCGAGUCCUUUGAUGUGCCUGCAAGUGAAGUGCCCAAUAAGCUUCAGCAAUUGGCUUCCAAGCAUAAAGUUGUACUCUGCAUUAGGCAGAAGUAUAUAAGGUAUAAGCCGUUUAUGGCGGAGGUGAAGGAUUAUGCUUGUCAUAGGGCAGGGGAGCCUGCCACGAAGAAGUCAAAGGUUUUGAAGAGGGAGCCGUAUGCAUCCAAGCGUUGCGGGUGCGGCUUUCGGAUUAGGGCAAUUGUGCCAAUUGCUAAUUAUAAUGAGAAGGAUAAGACUUUUGUGUAUCAGGAAGAGGGGAUGGCGGUAUUUAAGUUGUAUGCUGUGCAUACAGGGCAUGAGCCGGGGCCGCUGGAUGGGAAUGCGAGGAUAAUGCAUAGGUUUGUGGGGCAUAAAGGUGCGUUUUUGAUGGACCAGGAAACAGUUUACGGGGUGAGUGAGGAAAUGGAGAAUGAUGGGUUUGGGUUGGUGGGGAAGGAUGAUGGGGAUAUGCAACUUUCAGUUUUGCAGCAGUUGCAGGAAUUGAGAACCGAGGUUGGGCUGUUAGAAGGGAAAAUUGCAAAACUUCCGCACGAGUUAUUGGGUUUGGUCUCUCAGGAAUUGUGCGAGAUUGUUAAUAAAGUUAGAGCUGUUGGGGAAGAGAGUUUGAGAGCAAUUGGGGUGAUCUCUCACAAGCCACAUUCAGAUGAUGUGCUGGUUGGUGAGAAUGAUCUGGCGCAUUGGAGUGAUCAUCACCAUGAGCGGAUUUAUGGUGAUAGCAAGGGCACGGAUUUGCUCGAGGAUGAUGAAGACAGUUUUGGGGGGACUCUUGGCGAUGUUGUUCCUUGGGACCAGAUGAGGGAAGAUUGUCAGAGUCAUAAGGAUCUAAUAGGCGAGCAUUGUAAGCCUGAAAAGUGGUUAAAAUGCAGUGAUUUUGAUGAGAAAAGUAUUCUUGAUUGUGAAGAUACUAAACUAAACAAGCCCAUUAGAAACGAUGAGGCUAUAGUUGCAGAUGUAGGUCUUGUUGGCAUACAGGUUGAUAGUUUCUACCAAGAGAAUCAUAAAUGGUAUGAUUCUCCUUGUGGGUUGGACAGCAAUGCAGAUUGCGAGGAUAGUGGAUUUGGGCAUGACGAGAUUUUGUAGUCUUCAACAGCAUGGUCAAUCUAGUCUAACUUAGUCGUGGAUUUUUGUAGUAGCCAUUCAUCCCUUCUCACUGCCAGAAGUGGGUUGUACAUUAAUGUAUACAGAAGACUUGACACCGGAGCCGCUCACAUGCUUUCUAGUUGUCUUCGCUGCGUGUGGUUCUGUAAAGUAGAGCUGAAUUGGGUUUCUCUGCACAUAUUUGUUUUAAUUAUUUGAUAAUUAUGUUCUUUGCCUUAAAAUUUUUGCUUGGUUUUAUUUAUGAUGCAAAUUAGUGACUAUUACGAUCUGUUUUUCUUCUUUGGAAUUCUUGUAUAUAUUACAUGUCUUCUCUUGCUUCCACUAUUCUGGUGGCAUGAUAUUGUGGUUGUAAUUUGCCUUUCUCUUAUAUUUUACUUCUUUAUAAGCCUUUUUUUUCCCUGAAAGCUCAGUUGCCAUUCACAUUUUAGAUUAUCUGCUUCACCUGGACAUAGUGCAUAACUAAGUUUGCGCAAUUUGUUGUGGAGGUCGCCCUUGAUCGACUGGUUUGUAUGUGUUUCAAUAGAUGAUUAUACAUCUGAAGGGACUUUCUGCUUUUACAUGAAAAGCAUUCCUUUCUCUUUUUUUCUUUAGAGGGUGGGCGGGGGGGAUUAUUCUCCAUGCUUUUAACAAUCUUUUUCUAUACUGUUGGGAAUGCUAGCAAAAUGCUUUUGGGUGGUUAUGAAGUGGCAUCAUAUUUAUUCGAAUGCCUUGCAGUUUCACCCCUGAAAAUCUGAGUUACAUUUGGACUUUAAUCAUCGAUCUUUGGGUUUAAUGGUUUUGUUGCUGUGAAUGCUGAUGGCAAACUAUGCUAUUGGUUCUACUUGUGGCCAAUUACCUACCAAGUUAGGAGGUGAUAACUGCGCGUGUAAUUUUUGUGGUUUGUUUUUCUGCAUCUCACCUUCUAUGACAAAUGAGAAAGAAGGAAAUUGAUCUACUUAUCUACUCUUCCUUAACACUAGUUUCUCUCUCUUCCCCAAACUUUUACCUAUCUGGUUGUGUCUAUCUCUAUACAAUUCACUCUACCAAAUUGAUGGUACCAAUCUGUGUUGAAAAAGACGCUUCUGUAAUUGUGGUGUUCCUGACCUGGAAGCUUGAACUAAUUGGUGGAGAAACAUCUUGUUUGGGUACAUAUAAAUCCUAUCUGGUCGCUAUCGCAAUUAUAAGUACUGCAUUUUAAAGCAUCGGUAAGUUGACGUUAUUCAAUGGUUCAGUGUGUAAGAGACGCAGAUUCUACCUUGUUGACUGUAUUGAAAAGGUCUUGAGACUCCUUAUUUGAAAUUUUUGUUCCAGGCUUGUUGAUUUGGACAUUUUGCGGAUUGCUCGUGUCUGAUUAAGGACACUGUACCUGGCAAAAGACUCUGCAAGAUACAAGCACCAUAAAUUGAAGAGUGUAGGUGCUAUUCAAAGCCAGAAUAUGUAACUCUAGAGUAGGUUGAGUCCUAUCAAGAAAAGGUGCAGAUAUUCUGUUUAUUCUUUCAAUAGGUCUAUUCUCGUUUAUCUAAAUUAUAUCAACGUGCUCUUUUAAGGCUUACAUCUUUAUCAUAGCGGUCUCUCUCCUAAAAUUUUAUGUAUCUUGUGUUAUUUUGUCUCCGAUUAAUAUGCUCGGUCACUUUCUAAA